UUUUUAUUUGAAAAAAAUAAAACUUUUCCGCAUUAGUUUUCACUGAUUAUAAAAAAGAAAAACCUUGAAAAAACCAUGAAAUUCAAUAUUCAAAAAAGUUUUGUAAUGUUGAUGAUAAUUUUCGAUAUUGUUAUGAUUAUCGAUGGUCAUAAUCAUCGUAUGGAACGGGCAUUAUCCGAUUUAACUAAUCGUAGUACAAAUUGGAUGGCUAAACCAUUAAGAAAUCGUAUUAGUAAUACUAGAGAUAAUUUGAAUGGAAAACUAUCUAAUCUAUCAAAUCAGGUAAAAGCCGAUGGUUUAACUGAUGGUUUAAGCGAUACAAUAUCGAAUACAUUAUCAACAUUAACCUCGACGAUUGGUGAUUUAACAUCAAGCCUUUCUAGUUUAUUAUCCGGUAUAUUAUCAACAAUUUUAUCAUUACCAUCAUUUUUAACAUCAACAUUAUCAUCGCUGGUUGGUGGAUUAUCACAAACAAUUGGUGAUCUUGGUUCAUUGGUCAACGAUUUAUUAAGUGGUUUAACUGAUUUAUUAACUGAGUUAUUAAAUCUAGAUGUUAUUAAUACGGAUAUUCUUAGUGAUGUUGCCAAUACUGGUUCAAAUCUUCUUAAUAAUUUAGGUGGUAUACUUAACAAUACAGUUGAUUCUUUAUCAUCGAUGAUUAGAAACACUGAUUUAGAUAAUGAAACACUACAAGGGGUUGUUGAUCUAUUGGGAAAUCUAUUGGAUUCAUUACAAAAUACUACUACACGAUUGAUUAACUUGUUGAAUUCAACUACCGAUACAGUAGUGAAUGGAAUUCUUGUUGGUUUAUUGAAUAAUGUUCAGGAUUUAUUAACCGGUACAGCAAAUCAAAUUGAAGGACUAUUAAAUUCAUUACCCGAUACGCUUAAUUCAAUACAACAAUCAUUACAGAAAAUACUGUCCGGUUUACAGGAUACAUUGGAUAAUUUGACAGAUGCAUUAAAUUCAAAUAAUAAUGGUUAACAACAACAUUAUCGAAUAAUAAUACAUAAUUUCUACAUCAUCUAAGAUCUCUUUUUCCAAUCAAUAAUUUUUUCCUUUUUUUCUAUCUUUCCAAUUCACAAAAAUCAAUCAAUCAAUCUUUAAAA